UUGACUUGUCAUGACAAGCCUCAGGAGAAGUUGCUCAAUGUUAAUGUUUGACAAGUAGGAAGAAGGGCCUUGGCUGCCAUAUCUCUCAGUCUUAGACAAAACAACCACACUCUUUCGGUUCUCCUUCUACUCAAGCGUGUUUGCUGCUUUGUGAGGAAAUUACACAUUUAAAUCCUAGGGAGAAAGACAGAAAGAGACCAUGGAGGUGCUGGUGCUGGUCGACUUCGAGGGCACCGUGGGAGACGAGAUCACAGUGAGGAUGGGGGAUGUGGUCAAAAACGUUACCAAGGCCAGUGAGGAGGGAUGGCUGGAGGGAGAGCUGGGAGGAAGGAGAGGCAUCUUCCCUGCUACCUUUGUCAAGGAUGUGCCAGUCUAUUUGAUGGGUGACAGCCAGAGGGAGCCACGAAGUAUUAGAAAAACAAAGAAGAUGAAACAGACGAGGAAAUGUGAGGUAAUGUUUGCCUACAGCCCCCUGAAUGAAGACGAACUGAAGCUGGUUGCUGGGGAGACGAUAGAAAUCAUCAGAGAGAUUGAAGAUGGAUGGUGGAUGGGUGUGAAAAAUGGCAAAGUGGGAGCAUUUCCGUCAAAUUUUGUCAAAGAAAUCUUUGUUUCCCUUAAAGACAACAAGUACAAUGAGGUCAAGUCAAGACCUAAGCUGACUGACGCGGUGUUCAACAAGGAGAUAUCUCAAAGGACAAGUGUGAGGAACAAAGCAAAAAAUGUGUUGGAGUGUUGCAAAGUCCUGUUUGACUACAAGGCCAAAACGGAGGAUGAGUUGGAUAUGAAAAAAGGAGACGUUGUUGCGAUACUGAGCAAGGAAACAGAAGAUGAAGGCUGGUGGGAGGGAGAGCUAAACGGACGCCGUGGCUUCUUUCCUGAUAACUUUGUCAUGGUGAUACCGCCAAUGGACAGCCUGCAAGCUGGGACCACAAGCCAACCGCCUGCACGCAACAUCGACAAAAAGCCCUCAGUGAAGACAGAGGCCUCAGCGAUGGAGAAAGGUGGUCCAGCAAAGACAAACGAUGAUAAACCAGAGGUUAAGGACAUGAGGAGCAAUCCUCCAACCAAGGUCAAGCUGCCAUCCAUCAGCAAGCCCAGCCCGCCUCCAGUCAAAGACAAACCCACCAAGGUUUUACCCAAUAGGACAAAUGGUGAUGUUGCUCCUGUUUCCCCAAAACAACCGGAGGACAAAGAGACCGACCAGUUUGAUGGAAUAGACGUGCAGACUGAAAAGCUGUGCCAUCCUACAGCGAACAGAGCCAAACCCCCUCACAGGAGACCACCAUCAGGCCUGGUUACAGCAGCACAUGCCCAGGGUGCCACUGACCAGAAAGAACCAGAACUAUCAACAAAGAAGUUCCAGACAGAAAAAGUAUCUGGCCUGCAAAAGGGCACAGAACGUCUCCUAACAUCGCCUGCAAAGCCUGAUAAUCAACCCAAGACGCCACCUCCGGUUCGACCAACACCACCCAGAGUAGUUGUGGAUGGCAGAACUGUGACCCAUAAAGAACAACCAACUGUAGAAAGCCUGCAGGCUGAGAUCAAAGAGCUGAAGAUGGCUCUGGAUCUAUUACAGGCCCGACACGACCGAGACAUGGAGGAAGUGAAAGAAGAACUGAAGGACGAGAGAAACAAACGAGUGGCACUGCAGGAGGAAGUCCACAGUUUGAAGAUGAAGCAUUAAUCCCAACACAGACUGUGACUGGGCUGACCGUCUGACACUGUGCCAUGCAGGCUUUCAUACUGCAAAUUUAAACAAGACAAACAUUUUUUUUGAGAUGAAAUGGGGAUGGAGAAGACAAGCAAGCUCUCCCACUGCAGACACACAAGUGAUUAUAGCUGACAUAGGAUUAAGAUGAUCCUGCACUGGACCAGAGAAACUUAAUCCUUCAAAAGACUUUUAAAUUAUGUACUGUUAAAGGUUUUACAUAUUUGAAUGCUGGAAAUCACAAUGGGUUACUCUUGGUUGGAAGUUAAUGUUUUACAUUGUCCUGUUUCAACUGCCACCUUUAUUUCUUUGAUCAUAGGUUUUACUGUACUUUUAACAUUUACACAACUAAUGCCUCAGCAGAAUAUGUAAUAUAUGCAGCUGUACAUAGGAGGAAAUAUUGUGAUGAUAUUGUGAUAUUUUUUGCAAAGAAAUAUAAUUUCAAGUCAUCCAAAGGGGUAUUGUUACUUGAAUGUCAAAUAUCUGAAGUACAACUAAUAUAUAUAUAUAUAUAUAUAUAUAUAUAUAUAUAUAUAUAUAUAUAUAUAUAUAAUCAUUUUUCAGAGCGUUCGGUUAAAAGCACUGGAGAAAAAUGCGGUUUUCAAUCUGGCAGUUGGUUCCAGCGCUGUGCUAAAAAACUACUAAAAGCCAAUUCUCCAUCACCAUCCACUCCCCAGAGAUCUUAGAAGUCUCACAGGGUCAUAUUGUUUCAGCAUAUCAUUCAUAUAUUUCGCAGGUUAUCUUGACCAGAAUGUAAUGCUGCAUUAGUCCACUGGGGGGCACUGUAUGUCUAUUCAACAUAAAGAGAAGUGUUAAACUUUUCAGUGAAUGCUGGAUUGGUGGAAGUGACCAAGCCAUAGUGAGCUCACAUUAGAAAAGAAAAAAACAUUUAAUCAAAAAUAGUAAAUGUGUUAAAAUUUAAGCUGACGGCUGAUCUUAUAUGUUAAUUGAUCUUUUAUGAAAAAAAAUCUUUAACAAAUGCUGUUAAAAACGCUUCAGGAGUUAAACAGAGUUUGUGGUCAGCUGCAUUUUUUUUCAGUUAAGUAGAAAAGGCAUCCUGUGUCACUCCGAGAAAAACUGACUCACUCUGAAAACUCUGAACAUAGUGACUCAUCGGGAUGGAUGGAGACAACGUGGGAAGAGAAUUUAAUCAGAAAUUCUUUGCGCCCACCAAAGGGAGAGCUAUUUAACUUGACCGUAUUUGGACCACGGCAUCUUCACAGUGAGGCGUAUAGAUUUGGUUUUGGCUCCAAAUGGUGGUGAUGGUGGUGUGCUCCUGUCUAAGCCUGCUAGUGUUGCACACUGUAGAGCACAUCUGGAUGACAUCUGGAGCUCAUCAGGGAC